GUUUUAAAUCUGUUUACUUUGUUGGUUUGCUCUAUUGAUUGCUGAAGAAAUUUGGGUUUGUUUUUUGUUUGUAUUAUUGUUGAGAUUUUACUGCUGAUUGAGAUGUUAUUGCAAAAUCUUAAGCUUUUCUGGGUUCUGUUUGAUUGUUGGUAGUUUAUUGGUUUGAUCAUGGAUAUGCAUGUAGCAGUUGUGUUGUUUUUCUUUUGACAAGACGAUAUUCUAAACUACUUUAAUCUAAGGGGGAUGUGAGUUCGAACUGAUUCAUUAUCUUUGGUAUGUAUAGUAAAGGUCAUAUGAAAUUUUGAUUUGUUAUAGUGAAGAUUAACUUUUUUGGGUUAAGUUUACUUAAUUUCUUGGAUUUUUUCCCUAGGCAUGUGAGGUAAAAGGUUUAACUGUUAAGAAUAUUUAGCUCUCCACGUUAUUGUUGAUCCUUCAAUUUUUUUAUAGGAGUUACUUGUUUAUUAGCAAUGAUCUAGUUUAAAAUUGCAAAAGCAGGCGGGCUGGUUUAAGGUCGUUAUCGUCUUCGUGAUAUUUUAUUUAGACAUACUGGGAAUGCGUAAGCACACGUUGUUUGGUUAACAGGUUUGUCACUUCAUAAUGUUGUUAGGAUAAUUAAAGUCUGCAGGCCUUGCUGAUAUCACCACAAUUUUAAUUUUAACAUAGUUAACAAUAAACAUACUUGACCUUAGCAAAGUCUUAAAUUAUGAUUACUUGGGGCAUGCAUCAUUUUCAUAAGUUUUCUUAUUCUAAUUUAUUAUAUGCUUAGAUAUCUAAUCAAUUGUGCAUACCCUCUACUAUAUAUUGUCCAGUUCUGUAAAAAAGUCAACUGCUUUAUUAUAUUAAGGAUUUGAGUUAAAAAUCCUUAGCUUUGCCUUGCAAUCGGGAGUGCUAUACUUAAUUUAGGGAAACUAUUUCAUGCUGGGAUUCAGUUUAGUUUUGGCAGCUGAACAUUCUCGUGCAAAUUAUAGUCGGGGUUAAAGCAUGUCAAAGCUUUGAAGGUUUUUUUAAACUUUAUUAGUUGCUUUUUCGCAGGUAUUACUAUUCCCUGAACUUCUGAGGGAUUCCAUCAUUGCUCUUGGAAGCAUCUUGAGCAUUCUAAUUCCACAUAUGCAUUUUUAAGGAGAUGGCUUCCAGUGAGUAUGAUUCAGAUAUUGUUCAGUGGGGUCUUCGUCUUCUUGAUGGGGAUCCAGUUUAUAAUUCUUCAUACUACUACGGCAGUGACAUGAUACAACAAGAUGCUAAUGAUAUCUACCAUGAUGAGUAUAUCAGGAGUCAUUAUGAUACAGAAUCAAACAAUGUAGAAAAUGAUGAAAUCAUUGCACAUACUCUUCAAGAAGAAUUUGCACGACUAUCUGUAACAGAAGCCUAUGAAUACUCGCAUGCAGAAGAAGCACAGCCACAAGCUUCGUUUCAUGCAGAUGUGUGGCAUGGUCAAUCUACAAGAAAUUUUUGCUCAGACCAUGAUUACAGGCAGGAAGAAGCUGCUAUUGUGGUGCCUUCUAGCUUAUGUUAUAGCCCUGAUGAUCAUUUGGAGCUAACUGAUGAAUGUUCUCUUGAUGGGGAAGUAGGCUGGGGCUGGAAUCCUGUUCCUCACAUUCCUAGAAUCAAUGGAGAAAUUCCUUCAAUAGAUGAAGCGACUUCAGACCAUCAAAGGCUAGUUGACAGGCUUCAAUUAUAUGGCUUCGUUGAACAUAAGGUAGCAGGAGAUGGCAACUGCCAGUUCCAUGCUUUAUCAGACCAAUUGUAUCAAUCACCUGACAGCCACGAGUAUGUGAGAAAGCAAGUUGUAAAUCAGCUUAAGUCUCAUCCGGAGAUUUACGAGGGAUAUGUUCCUAUGGCAUAUGAAGACUAUUUGGAGAAGAUGUCCAAGGAUGGUGAGUGGGGUGACCAUGUCUCAUUACAGGCAGCUGCUGAUUUGUACGGAGUGAAAAUUUUUGUCCUGACUUCUUAUAAGGAUAACUGUUGCAUAGAGAUUCUUCCUAAUAUUCAAACUUCAAAACAAGUUAUUUAUUUGAGUUUCUGGGCAGAGGUGCAUUACAACUCAAUUUAUCCUCAAGGAGGCACAACCUCAUAUGAGAACAGAAAAAAGAAAAAAUGGUGGAUAUUUGGGAAUAAACAUUAGGAAUGUUUGGAUGGCAUUUAUGGCAUUCAGCACAUGUCUCCCUCAUAUUGUUGAUGCUGCUGCUGUUUAAAUCCUGUAGUCCUUGGUUCAGGACCUCACAUACUUAUAUUUUUGCUCUUCCAAUGUCCAUCCAGGCUGAAUUAUCUCAUUGUAAGAGCAAGUAUCAUGAAAUGGAAAGCAGGAUUAUAUUGCGGAAAAAUGCGAUGCUGUCUAUAGACAUAUAGAGAGAUGGAGAGGAGUUACUUGAGUAUCUAGAAGAUGGUUAAGUUCAGGAUUUUUGUUGGACAUUGUGGUGGGAAAUAAGUUUCAUGCAAGGUGUUGUAUAAGCGCGUGUAUUUGCACGAAUAUGACGAAUUUGCAGCAGGUGGGUUCCAAGUUCCAACUGAAAAGGAAAAAGUUCUGGCCAGUAUCUGCGUCGAUAUGACAAACUAUGCAGCCGAUUAGUAGUUAGAAACACAAGCUUAGAAGAUAUAUCGACUCUUUGCUUCUUGUUCUUUGGCAGACGGCGACACUUAAUCAUGGGUAUCAUUGUUUCUUAGUCAUAUUGAAGUAUUUAUACAUUUCCAUGAGUAAUGAUGCAGUAGUAUUAGCAACAUCAGAAGAAUAUGAACUUUUGUUUUUCUGCUUUUCGUUUCAAUAUGUUUUGUUUCGUCAUUGAAAUGAUUUGAUCGAACAGAACGGUUGGUGAACACAAUUUUCUUGA